AAGCACAAAUAAAAAUCUAACUUUACUUGCUCAAUAUUUUAUUUAACAUUUAUCUUUCUCCAUCUUGCCCUCCACGCUUAUAAGUUAUCAAAAUCCCCAAAUUGUUCUCCCCCUUCACGAACCCUAGCUGCCGCAAAUCGUCAAAUUACGUUGCUCAUCUUCCUCGAUCCGAUCAAUCAAUCUCACACAGCGAUUCACACACUCAAAUAACAUGGACGAUACGUGUGCUGUGUGUGCCGAUAGCCUCGAAUGGGUUGCGUACGGUAGUUGUGGACACAAAGAUGUUUGUUCAACAUGCGUUGCUCGUUUGCGAUUCAUUUGCGGUGAUCGCCGUUGCUGCAUCUGCAAAUCGGAGUCAUCGAUCAUCUUCGUCACUAAGGCUUUAGGGGACUACACCAAGACAAUCAGUGAUUUCUCGGUGUUUCCUUUGGAAAACAAAGAAGGUCGAUCUGGGUCGUAUUGGUAUCAUGAAGACACACAGUCUUACUUUGAUGAUUUCGAGCAAUACAAAAUGAUAAAAGCCAUGUGUAGGCUUUCGUGUAGCGUUUGUGAUAAGAUGGAGGAUAAUUCGAGUAAUAAGUCUAAGAGGAAAGCUAGGUUUCGUGACAUUUUUCAGCUCAAGGGUCAUUUGUUUCACCAGCAUAGUUUGUUCAUGUGCAGCUUGUGCCUAGAAGGAAGAAAGGUAUUUAUAUGUGAACAAAAGCUUUAUUCAAAAGCACAAUUAAAGCAGCAUAUAAACACAGGUGACUCUGAAGUUGACGGAACCGAAAGUGAAAGGGGUGGUUUCCAAGGGCAUCCUUUAUGUGAAUUCUGCAGGUCACCGUUUUACGGGGAUAACGAACUUUACACACAUAUGAAUACUGAACAUUUCAAAUGUCACAUAUGCCAAAGACAAAAUCCUGGUAAAUACGAGUAUUACAAGAAUUAUGAUGACUUGGAGAUUCAUUUCCGACAAGAACAUUUUUUGUGUGAAGACGAGGCUUGCCUAAUUAAGAAGUUCAUUGUUUUUCCGUCAGAAGCUGAAAUGAAGAGGCACAAUGCUCAAGAGCACGGGGGUCGUAUGUCAAGAUCAAAGCGCAAUGCAGCUCUUCAGUUACCAACUAGCUUCACAUAUCGACGGCACAACGAACAAGAUAAUCGUCACGGAAGACGAAACACAUUUCAACGUGAUAUCUCCGAAUCCGAAUUAUCUCGAGCAAUCGAAGCCAGCCUCCAAACAUCCAGUUCAAAUUCCAGAGUUCCAGAACCUUCAUCCUCAACUGGAACCGAACGUGCUAACAAUUCAAAUGAUGAUGACCCGUUAAUUCAACCAUUCGAAUCACUAGCUACAGAUUCCGAUCCACCUUCAAGGUAUCUUAUGGCUGUUUCACACAGACCUAGAAACACUCCACUUCAGGAAUCCGCUUUCCCGCCACUCUCCACCGCCCCUGCCGCCAGCUCCCAAGUUCCCAACGGGCCACCAAAGAACACUAUGGCGGAAAAGCUCCGCCGACAAAAUCAAGGAAAAGUCAACGUUGUCAACACUGGUCAUGCUUGGCCUGCACCCUCAUCAAGUUCAGCUUCUAGAACCGUAAACACUGCAAACACAGCAUCAAUGCCUGUAUCUGGUCAAUGGAAGUCAACUUACAACCCGGUUUUGGCCCCACCAUCUACCAGAAUAACCCAUUCUACGUCAGCUCCGAAUCUAAUCGAUACGGGUUCGGUAUCCGACUUCCCUCCAGUUUCCACAUUGCAUACGCGUAACGUUCCUGAAAACGGGCCGCCUACAAAAAGCGUAGAGGAAGUAUAUGCUGCAAACAAGUCCAUGGUAGAAAAAAUACGCGCGGGUUUGGGUGAUGAUCACGAAAAGUAUUCUAGUUUUAAAGAAGUGUCAGCGCAAUAUCGGCAAGGGGCUAUUGAUGCGGAGACUUAUUUGGUUUACGUUGAUCAAUUUGGAUUAUCACAUCUUGUUCUUGAUUUGGCCCGGCUUUUACCCGAUCCUCAUAAAGAACGGGAACUAAUUGCGGUCUACAAUGCAAAUCGGGCCAUGAGUGGCGGCUCGAAAGGAAAUGAUCGGAAAAACAAAGGGAAGUCAGUUGUUAAUAGCAACAACAAUUCGACGAAUAAGUUAGCGGAUAGCAUUUUAAGUUCGGUUCGGGAACUACAAUCGAACUACCGUGUGCAAGAUGAGGAAGUGGAGACACUGUCGAAAGACGGGUAUCGGGUGGCUGGUAAAGGGAAAUCAAAAGUGGAUAUUGAUGAUCGGACAUCUCCUGGCGGUGUACUUGUUAUAAAGCCGCCAAAGAAUGAUAGCGGCGGUGGCGAUGGAGAAGGAAAAAGUAAACAGAAGAAGAAAACGUCGAAGUUUCUUAGAGCUCGGUUAGGUAACGGGUCGUUGGCUUCACUUGAUCUUAACGGCGGGUCUGAUGCCACAGAGGCAGAGGGUGGUUCAGACGGGAACAGCAACAACGAGAGUAACGAUGGGGUACCGGUUCGUGGCGUGUGGCGUAACGGUGGCGGUCAUAGGCUAAUUGGGAAAGACCCAAAAAGACCGUAGAGUGAUUGAUACCUAAUAUUUUGGCAUGAGGGAAGUGUGAAUUGAAACUAGUGUUUGAUUAAUGGGGUUUUGAGCAUAUAAAACUAUGUUGUGUUCAUAGGACAACAGCAAACAACUGUUGAUAGACCAAGUUGGUUUUUAAUUUCAAUUUUUGUUUUUCUGUUAUGAAAAGGGGAAUUGCAUAGGGUGGACUAUAAAGUUAUUUUUGGUGUAUGCUUAAUAAAAGUUUUAGUACUAUAUCAAAAUGUAUUGCAGAAAAUUAUACA